AUGAUUGUUAACAAAAUUGUUUUAUUGUCGGUUGUUUUAGGUGCAUUCUUCCUUAAUGAAGUAAAUGCGGCACCUGUUGCCGAAGCAGCUCCUGUUCCUGAGGCUGUGGCUGGUUAUGGAUAUCACGAUAGUGGAAAGAACCACGGUUCUUAUAAACGCGACGCUGGAGGUUAUGAUUAUGAAUAUGAUUACGAUUAUGGUAAGGACCACGGUUCUUAUAAACGCGACGCUGGAGGUUAUGGAUAUCACGAUAGUGGAAAGAACCACG